CCACUGCUGGGUAUAUAGGCAGAGCUGCGGGAGCACUGGGCAGCAGAACCACAGGCAGAGAGGACAAGGACACUUGGAGAGAGAGAGGUCACCUCCGCAGCUUCUCCUGACAAGAAUGAAAAUUGCAAACCUUGAACUCACUAUGAAACUCUUGAAAGGAAUACACUGCUGUUGCCUACAUUUGACACCACCAUGUGGAUGAUAAAGUUCUUGGCUCUUGGCCUCCUCUUUGCUGUGGAUGCAGCAGUCGAUAAGAAGGCGGUGGAGAAAGCAGCCAAGGAGGCUCCAGUAGAGAGGAAGAUCAGUGAUCAAGCCAACACGCUGGCUGACAAGAGCACAGGCCUUGCCUUCAAUCUCUACCACACCAUGGCCAAGGAUAAGAAGGUCGACAACAUCCUACUUUCACCUGUGGUGGUGGCCUCAUCUCUUGGUCUGGUUAACCUGGCCGGUAAAUCCAGCACUGCCGCCCAGGCCAAGGCUGUUCUGAGUGUUGACAAGCUGAGCGACGACCACGUCCACGCUGGGCUCUCUGAGCUUCUCAACGAAGUCAGCAACUCUACAGCUCGCAACGUCACCUGGAAAAUUGGAAACAGGCUCUACGGUCCAAGCUCCAUCAGUUUCUCUGAUGACUUUGUGAAGAACAGCAAGAAACAUUACAACUAUGAACACUCCAAGAUUAACUUCCGAGAUAAGAGAAGUGCCCUGAAGUCGAUCAAUGAGUGGGCAGCGAAGACAACUGAUGGCAAGCUUCCUGAGGUGACCAGUGAUGUGGAGAAGACCGAUGGUGCCCUUAUUGUCAACGCUAUGUUCUUCAAACCCCACUGGGAUGAGAAAUUCCACCACAAGAUGGUUGACAACCGUGGCUUCAUGGUGACCCGUUCCUUCACUGUCUCUGUUCCCAUGAUGCAUCGCACAGGAUUGUACAACUAUUAUGAGGAUGAGACCAACACUCUUCAAAUCCUGGAGAUGCCCCUGGCCCACAAGUUGUCCAACAUGAUUUUCAUUAUGCCCUACCAUGUGGAACCCCUGGAGAGAGUGGAGAAACUCCUGACCAGAGAGCAGGUGAAGACAUGGAUUGGAAAGCUGCAGAAGAGAGCAGUGGCUGUGUCUCUGCCCAAGGUCAUCAUGGAAGUCAGCCAUGAUCUUCAGAAACACUUAGGAGAACUUGGUCUUACCGAAGCCAUUGACAAAUCCAAGGCUGACCUUUCCAAGAUCUCUGGAAAGAAAGACCUCUACCUGGCCAACCUCUUCCAUGCUGCUGCCCUAGAAUGGGACACCGAAGGCAACCCUUUUGACUCCGACAUCUAUGCCAAAGAAGAGCUGAGGAGCCCCAAGCUCUUCUAUGCAGAUCACCCCUAUGUCUUCCUUAUCAAGGACAACAAGACAGACUCUAUCCUAUUCAUUGGUAGAUUGGUCAGACCAAAGGGUGAUAAGAUGCGUGAUGAAUUAUAGUACCAAAAAGUGAUGGGGCUUCAUGGGGGGAGGGUUGGGUAGUUUUAAAAAAUUAUUGAAAGGAUAACAAAACAUCUUGAUGCAACUUGGUAUUGAACAUCUUAAAAUGUUUACAUCGAGUUAACAUUCCACCAAAGCAAAGAUAGUUCCAUGGGAGGCCUAGAUGCAGGAUCUUUGGCUUAAUCUAGGUUCAUGUAAACCUCACGAGGUUAACCAAAACUUGGUUGACUACAAGGGUUACUGUACAUGAGGAGUUGAGGGUCUCGAGAUGGUGCUAAGUUUAUAUGGAUCUCUGAGUACCACCACUGGAAUUACAACAGGGCCUCCAAGAUUUGCUUUGGGUGUCCUAUCAGAUGCAGGAAGCUGACUCUUCUUUCCCCUAUUUCAGGGGAUUUAGAUCUGUUGAAGCUGUCCGAAAUGCAUGUGUCAUGUACAAGGGCAGCUCUCAACCACCAACUAUGCAAUGACUCUGAGCACCGAGUGGGGUGCAGGUGGAUUUUUUAAGGUUGUGUGUGUUUGUAGAAUGGGGUGGGGGGUUGGAAUAAAAUGUCUUAUUUAACAAAAAAAUGUGAAAACAAAUAUAAAAAUGGGGAUUUUGAAUUACUUUCACCAUGUGGAUUCACAAAAUCUUUACUUUGUAAAAGUUACAAACGGUUUGGACUGAUGCGCGUGUGAUUAAUUUUGCAAUAAACUGAAAAACAUAAAAAUU